AUGAUUCGAACCAAUUCAAGCGUUCAAAUUCAAAAAUUGCAAAUACCAUUGUAACAAAUAAGCCCAUUUAAUGGGUAAAUACGAUAUAGCAAUCCAUAUUCGGAUACUCCAAGCACUCCUUAGAAAUCAAUUAUUGCUUAAUAAAUUAGAGGAUCGUCCACAUUUACUCCUAACAAAACUUAAUAGACAUUUUAUUUUAAAGAGAAUUCAAAUACAAUUGAGAGUAAAAUCCAAUCAUUGGUGAAUGAGAAUUGCUACUUAAAUUAGGAAUUAGAAAAAGCAAGAAAUGAAAUAUAAAAUAAUGCUUAAUAGUAGGAAUAGUUAUACAUAAUUAAAGAGAGAGUCAGCAAAUUGGAAGAACUAAUAGAUACACAACAAAAUGAAAUUGAAAUAUGGAAAUUAAAAUAUUAAAAAGCAGCAGCUGGAGAUUCAAGACUAGAAAUAUAAUAAAUGGAGUAAUAAAUAUACAAUGUGAUUGAUGAAAAUGAAAGAUUGAAUAAGAUUAUAUCUAAUUUGGAGUAAUAGCAUCAAGAAAAGGAUUAGGAAAUCAAAACUCUUAUGAUGUCAAUCCAAAAAUACGAAGUCGAAAUGAAGAAAUAAAAAGACAAACUAAUAAUAUUAGAGAAGGCCAAUAAACCUGCAGUCUCAUGUAAUCCAUUUGCUAUGGACAAUAAAAAACCAUCAAAAUCUUCCAUUAGUGAUCUCAGACAAAGCAAAUGUAAAAUAAGCGAAUAAGAUGCCAUUGCAAAUAGAAAAAAAAGUGAUCAUGUUUAUAAAUAAGUUUAAACUAAAAGCCAAUAAGACUAUUCUGAUUUACAAAAUUAAAUUAAAUAACUAUAAGUUGACAAUUAAUAGUUGCAACUUACUAUUGAAGAAUUAUAGGAAAAGUUGUAAAGUAUAGAUCUUUAGAAAAGCGAAAAAAAAGAUUCACAGAAAGAUCCUAACUAAGAUUAAAACAUUUCAAUAUUAAAGCAAGAACUUUCAAAUCAAUAGAUACUAAUACUUGAAGAAUUCAAGAAGUAUAAGCAGUGUUAGUCUCAAAAUACAAUGAUUAAGGAACAAUUGCUUUAAUGGGAAUAAUUUUUGAAGUCCCUCAAUAGUCAAAUUUGUACACCAAAUGAGGAGGAAGAUGGAAUAGAUGCUGCUAUUGAGGAAUUUCAAAGUAGCUCAGCCAACUGCUUACAAUUAAUUGAUUAAUUCUAAAAAUGA